UCCUGCGCGGAGCGCUGCGCCCCUGGCUCUUCUGAGGGGCUGCGGCGGGCGCAAGCCCGGUAGGCCCGCGGCCCAUCCUCGAGGGAGCCAUGGACUCGCAGGGGCUGAAGACUUUGAUUAAUUACUACUGUCAAGAGAGAUAUUUCCAUCAUGUGUUACUUGUUGCCAGCGAAGGAAUGAAGAGGUAUGGUAAUGACCCAGUCUUCAGGUUUUAUCAUGCCUAUGGCACAUUGAUGGAAGGUAAAACUCAAGAAGCUCUUCGAGAAUUUGAGGCUAUUAAAAAUAAACAAGAUGUAUCACUUUGUUCUCUAAUUGCACUGAUAUACGCACAUAAAAUGAGUCCUAAUCCAGAUAGAGAAGCUAUUCUGGAAUCAGAUGCCAAAGUGAAGGAGCAACGUAAGGGAGCUGGACCACAAGCUUUGUACCACGCAGGCUUGUUUUUAUGGCACGUUGGUCACCACGAUAAGGCGAGAGAAUAUAUUGACAGAAUGAUCAAAAUGUCAAAUGGUAGUAAAGAGGGACAGGUUUUGAGAGCAUGGCUUGAUAUUACAAGAGGAAAAGAACCUUAUACUAAAAAAGCACUAAGGUAUUUUGAAGAAGGAUUACAAGAUGGAAAUGACAUUUUUGCUCUGCUGGGUAAGGCACAGUGCCUCGAGAUGCGCCAGAAUUAUUCAGGUGCUCUGGAGACUGUAAACCAGAUAAUCAUGAAAUUUCCAAGUUUCCAUCCUGCUUUUGUAAAGAAAAUGAAACUACAACUAGCCUUACAGGAUUGGGACCAGACGGUUGAGACAGCACAGAGGUUAUUGCUUCAAGAUAAUAAAAAUGUGGAAGCACUAAGAAUGCUGGCUCUUUACUAUUUGUGUAGGGAGGGAGAUAUAGAUAAGGCUGCCACCAAGCUGGAAAACUUAGGAAAUGCACUGGAUGCCAUGGAACCACAGAAUGCUCAACUUUUUUAUAAUAUCACAGUAGCCUUCAGCAGAACUUGUGGACGUAGUCUACUCAUUCUUCAAAAAAUUCAGACAUUACUAGAAAGAGCUUUUAGUUUAACCCCUCAGCAAUCAGAAUUUGCUACAGAACUUGGAUACCAAAUGAUUUUACAAGGAAAAGUUAAAGAGGCAUUGAAGUGGUACAAGACUGCCAUGACACUUAAUGAAACCAGUGUCCCUGCACUGAUUGGAUUUAUCCGAUGUCAAUUAAUAGAAGGGCAAUUACAAGAUGCAGAUCAGCAGCUAGAAUUCCUUAGUGAAAUUCAGCAGUCUAUUGGAAAAUCUGCGGAAUUAACCUAUUUACAUGCAGUUCUCGCUAUGAAGAAAAAUAAACAAGAAGAAGAAGUUAUUAAUUUGUUAAAUGAUGUCCUGGACACUCAUUUUUCACACUUAGAAGAUUUACCUCUUGGCAUACAGUAUUUUGAGAAGUUAAAUCCUGAUUUCUUGCUAGAAAUUAUUACAGAAUACCUGAAUUUCUGUCCAAUGCAGCCUGCAAGUCCUGGGCAACCUCUUUCUCCACUGCUCCGACGCUGUACCUCAAUCCUGGAGACUGUAGUAAGAAGUGUACCAGGUCUUCUGCAAGCUGUCUUCCUAAUAGCAAAAGUGAAAUAUUUGUCAGGUGAUAUUGAAGCAGCUUAUAAUAACCUGCAGCAUUGCCUAGAACGCAGUCCUUCUUAUGCAGAUGCUCAUCUCCUGAUGGCUCAGGUUUAUUUGUCUCAAGAAAAAUUCAAAUUGUGUUCUCAGUCUCUUGAACUUUGUCUGAGCUAUAAUUUUAAGGUGAGAGAAUAUCCUUUAUAUCAUUUGAUAAAAGCUCAGUCACAAAAGAAAAUGGGAGAAAUAGCAGAAGCAAUUAAAACUCUGCAUAUGGCAAUGAGUUUACCAGGAAUGAGGAGAAUUGGAGCUUCCUCAAAAUCAAAAUACAGAAAAACUGAAAUUGAUGCAAGCCAUCGUUUAUCAGUCUUUCUUGAAUUGGUAGAAGUUCAUCGCUUAAAUGGAGAACAGCAUGAAGCAGCAAAAGUUUUACAAGAUGCCAUCCAUGAAUUUUCUGGGACAUCUGAAGAAUUGCGUGUUACUAUUGCUAAUGCAGACUUAGCUCUAGCCCAGGGAGAUGUUGAGCGGGCUUUAAGCAUGCUUCGGAAUGUUACCACUGAACAGCCGUAUUUCAUAGAGGCCAAAGAAAAAAUGGCAGAUAUAUAUCUGAAGCACAGGAAAGAGAAAAUGUUAUAUAUCACUUGUUAUAGAGAAAUUGCUGGAAGAAUGCCCAGCCCUCGUUCCUUUCUUCUCCUUGGUGAUGCAUACAUGAAUAUUCAAGAGCCUGAAGAAGCCAUCGUAGCCUAUGAGCAAGCAUUACAUCAGAACCCAAAAGAUGGAACACUGGCAAGCAAAAUUGGGAAAGCGCUUGUCAAAACUCACAACUACUCAAAGGCAAUCACUUAUUAUGAAGCUGCUCUGAAAAGUGGACAGCAAAAUUAUCUUUGCUAUGACCUGGCUGAGCUUUUAUUAAAAUUGAAAUGGUACGACAAAGCAGAAAAAGUUCUUCAGCAUGCUCUAGCUCAUGAACCUGUAAAUGAACUAUCAGCUCUCAUGGAGGAUGGACGUUCUCAAGUUCUUCUAGCAAAAGUUUAUAGUAAAAUGGAAAGAACUAGUGAUGCAAUCACUUCCUUACAACAGGCUCGAGAAUUACAAGCUCGGGUACUAAAACGUGUUCAGAUGGAACAGCCAGAUGCAGUUCCUGCUCAGAAACAUUUAGCAGCUGAAAUUUGUGCAGAGAUUGCAAAACAUUCUGUUGCUCAGCGAGACUAUGAAAAAGCAAUUAAGUUUUAUAGAGAGGCUCUUGUUCAUUGUGAAACAGAUAAUAAGAUAAUGUUGGAGCUGGCACGGCUGUACCUGGCACAAGAUGACCCUGACGCCUGCCUGCGGCACUGUGCUCUCCUUCUCCAGAGUGACCAGGACAAUGAGGCUGCCACCAUGAUGAUGGCAGAUCUCAUGUUCAGAAAACAGGACUAUGAACAAGCAGUGUUUCAUUUACAACAACUUUUAGAACGCAAACCAGAUAAUUAUAUGACAUUAUCUCGCUUAAUUGAUCUUCUAAGAAGAUGUGGCAAACUUGAGGAUGUUCCAAGAUUUUUCUUAAUGGCUGAGAAACGUAACUCCAGAGCAAAAUUGGAGCCAGGAUUUCAGUACUGUAAAGGACUAUAUCUUUGGUAUACUGGAGAACCAAAUGAUGCCCUUCGACAUUUUAAUAAAGCUCGGAAAGAUAGUGACUGGGGCCAAAAUGCCCUUUAUAAUAUGAUAGAAAUCUGUUUGAAUCCAGAUAAUGAAACUAUUGGAGGUGAAGUAUUUGAAAAUCUCAAUGGAGACUUGGGCAAUUCAACUGAGAAGCAAGAGUCUGUGCAAUUAGCAGUGAGAACAGCAGAAAAACUUCUUAAAGAACUAAAACCUCAGACUGUUCAGGGUCAUGUACAGCUUCGCAUAAUGGAAAACUAUUGCCUGAUGGCCACCAAACAGAAAUCUAAUGUUGAGCAAGCAUUGAAUACCUUCACUGAAGUAGCAACGUCUGAGAAGGAUCAUAUUCCAGCACUUUUGGGAAUGGCAACAGCUUAUAUGAUCUUGAAACAGACGCCAAGAGCCAGAAACCAGCUGAAGCGGAUUGCAAAAAUGAACUGGAAUGCUAUUGAUGCUGAGGACUUUGAGAAGAGUUGGCUGCUACUUGCUGAUAUUUAUAUUCAAUCAGCAAAAUACGAUAUGGCAGAAGAACUGUUAAAACGGUGCCUGCGUCAUAAUAGGUCUUGCUGCAAAGCUUAUGAAUAUAUGGGAUACAUUAUGGAGAAAGAGCAAGCGUAUUCAGAUGCUGCCUUCAACUACGAGAUGGCGUGGAAAUAUGGCAACCAGACAAAUCCAGCAGUAGGAUACAAACUGGCAUUUAAUUACUUAAAAGCAAAAAGAUAUGUGGAUGCAAUUGACAUAUGUCACCAGGUUCUUGAAGCACAUCCAACUUAUCCAAAAAUCAGAAAGGAUAUACUUGAUAAGGCCCGUACAUGUUUAAGACCUUGAAAAUUAUUUUAAUUUAGUUUGUUGGUUCAGUGGGAAAUGAAAAGAAUCUGAGUUUUUCCAGUUCCAAAUAGGUUUGAGCUACAUUUUAUAAUAGAAGCAUACUUUUUCUCCAGCAGAGGCUGCUGUUGUAUAUAAAAGGAAACACUGUCAAAUGGAUGGUUCCUGAUGGAGAAUGUGAAUGAGAGGUGUUUUAUUUGAUUGACUGUCUUGAUUAGGUGCAGAUUUGGUGUUGUUGGUAAAGAUUAUAACCCAUUUUUAUAAAGAAUAUUUUGUUAAAAUCUAGGUAAUUAAGUAUCCAAUAUCUUUUCUAAGGAGUAUUAGCUGUUUAUUUCAGGAAAUAUAUCUAAAAUGCUAUUGUUCUCUGUUAAAAUUUUUUGUAACAAUCUCUCGUUUCAAAGCUUUGAGUAAAUUCCUUGUAAAUAAUUUGUGAGAAAGAAAAUAUAUUUUUAAUAAAGAUUUUGUAAAUUCAUGGUUUGUAUUCCUCUUGGAACUUAAAAGACAUGGUAAGUUUUGCAAAAUGAGGGUAAGCUCCCCAUGCAGUCUGCAAUGUUAAUGAAUAGUAUUGCAGAAAAUGUGACUUCCCUAGAAAAAUUUUUUGAAAAGUGUAAAGAGUAUGAAUUUCCCUUCCCUUUGUUGAACUCCUUCUGCCUGAUCUCAAUGCCAAUGUGAUCUUGAGAAACAGUUAGUACCUGAAAUCAGUUUAAAUACAUAAACCUUUAUAGCAAAUAUUUAACCUUAGCCCAAAGGCUAGGUCUUUUGGUGUAACUUCAGACUCUGUAACACCUGGUGGAGAAGAGUGACAAGAUAGUUUUGGUCAACAGGGACUCACAAAGCACACCAUAUGACAGCAACUACCUACCCUAUUGUGCCUCAGACCAUCCUGGCAGAACCGUUCUCAUCCUUUCACGCUAAGUUUAACCUCAUCUAGUAAACUCAGUUCUUAGCAUUAUUUUUAAUUUAUUGUCUACAUCAUUUUCUGUUGUUUUUAAAGAUACAAUAAACAUACUCUUCGAUUUCAUUUGCAUUUUCAAUAAACACAGUAUUUUUACAAGUCA